AUGAGUUUCUCUCUCAUCCUUCUCUCUCUCACUACAGUCCUCUCCCUCCUCACCCCUACCCUCCAUGCUCAAUCCGCUCCGGCCCCCGGCCCCUCCGGCCCUAUCAACAUUACUGGAAUCCUCGAAAAAGACGGCCAAUAUACCACAUUCAUCCGCCUCCUCAAUCAAACACAAGCAGGAGACCAGAUUAAUAACCAAGUGAACAAUUCCAAUGAAGGCAUGACUGUUUUUGCCCCAACAGACAAUGCAUUCCUUAAUCUCCCCGCAGGUACUCUUAACAAGCUUUCAACCCAACAGCAAGUGCAGCUUGUUCAGUAUCAUGUUCUUCCUAAGUACUACACUGUAGAAAAUCUGCAGACAGUCAGUAACCCUGUUAGAACUCAGGCAACAGGCCAAGAUGGUGGAGUUUUUGGGCUCAAUUUCACAGGACAGGGCAAUCAAGUUAAUGUUUCUACAGGAAUUGUUGAUGUCCCAAUUUACAAUGCACUCAGAAAAGACUUCCCUUUGGCUGUUUACCAAGUUGACAAGGUUUUGUUGCCUGUGGAAUUUUACCAAGCCAAGGCUCCGGCUGCUUCUCCUCCGGCCCUGAAUGGCACGAAAAGUGAUUCCAGUGACAACAACAAAACACCCGAUGCGCCAGCUCCAGCGAAUGGCUCUGGGAAGAUGAGUGUGGGAUUUGGAUUGGUGUCUUGCUUUUGGUUCAUGUUGUGUUAUUUGGUGUAA